AUGUCAGAAAUACUAGCAGCAGUAAAGGAUUUUCUUCCUGAUUGGCCAGAAUGGGCUCUGGAUGUUCUCCUACUCAUGACCGCCCUGCUCAUUGCAACAAUCAUCUUGACGACCGUGUUUGCGCCACAAGACAACAAUGACGACGAGGAUAAUGACAAGGAUAAUGACGCACAACAGCAACAACAACAACAAAAACAAAAGGCAUCGGAAGACUUGCACAAGGAUUUCAUGAAAUUCCGAAACCAAUACAUUUUGGUCUACCUUGUCAUUAUGCUGGCCGAUUGGAUGCAAGGGACACACAUGUACACUUUGUAUUUGAGUUACAAUGUCAACAUUUCUGCCUUGUUUCUGACGGGAUUUUUGAGUGGAGCCUUCUUUGCACCCUUUUUGGGGAGCGCGGUGGACAAGUUUGGACGCAAGAAUUCAUGCAUCGUCUAUUGCGUGUUGGAAAUUAUCAUUAAUACCUUGGAACAUUCGACCAACUUUGGGAUUCUAUUGCUGGGACGUGUCUUGGGAGGAAUUUCGACCAAUCUCUUGUUUUCUGCCUUUGAAUCUUGGAUGACCACGGAACAUCGAAAGAGAGGGUUCCCAGAGGAGUGGCUGUCACGGACAUAUUCUGCAGCUUCGAUUGGAAAUGGGACCAUGGCCAUCUUGGCGGGGGUCGUUUCUCAGGUAUUGGAGGAUCAAUUUGGGCACAUCGGCCCAUUCCAAGGAGCUAUUGCUUUGACCGUACUGGCACUGGUCCUAGUCUUGCCGUGGGAAGAAAAUUAUGGGGAGAACAAGGGUGACGAAAACAAAAAGGACGGAAAUGCUCUCUCGGAUCAAUUCUUUGAAGGAUGGAAGGUCACAUUGUCGAAUUCGUCCAUUUGGAAGAUUGGAUUGAUCCAAGCCUUUAGUGAAGGUGCCAUGUAUACGUUUGUCUUCAUGUGGGUACCAACAUUGCUUUCCAUGAAUCCUCCAGGUGGACUUCCCACCGGAUGUGUCUUUUCGGCAAUGAUGAUGGCCAUUACCAUUGGUGGCAUGGUCUUUCCCAUUCUCCAAUCCAUGUUUUCCACAGGAAUAGUGCUUGGUGGUUCCAAAGAUAGCGCCUCGGAAGCCUGUGCCUCCUUUAUUUACUUUGCGGCUGCCGCUAGCAUGGCGGUCCCGGCCUACUUUCUUGCAGGAUCCGCCGAGGAACACUUUUACAGCAUUAUCAUUAGUUUCAUGAUGGUCGAAUGUUGUGUCGGUCUAUUCAUGCCCGUCGCCGGUACAUUGCGAUCCAAAUAUGUUCCAGAUGCUCUGCAGGGAGCCAUUUUGAAUAUUUUCCGUCUGCCACUGAAUGCGGUAGUCGUUUCGGGGACCUACGCUACGGAUGUCUUGGAACCAUCCGUGCUGUUCAAGGCGGUCAGUUUGUUUUUCUUUGGUGCGGGAGCAUUGCAACUGACAAUGAUGGGAUCCGCGUCAAAGAAAAAGGCAGAUUAA